AUGUUUGGUGCCGUGUUUUUAUUAGUGCUAUGUUUAGGGACAUUUCCUAUUUAUGUGACAUCCCUAUACUACUUCCCAAUCGUAGAUGAUGGGCGAGUAGACUGGGAGAAGAUAGUGGGGGGCACGAAGGCCGCCAACGGCUCAGCGCCAUACCAGGUCUCGCUGCGGGUGUACGGCUACAGGCACUUCUGCGGCGCCUCCAUCAUCACGCCGAGAGUGAUCCUCACGGCCGCGCACUGUGUUGACGGAAUAAAUUUCAAAUACUACAAAGCUAUAGUCGGCACCAACCAGCUGGCACUAGGCGGUAAAGCGUACAGCAUCCGCAAAGUGGUUCGCCAUGAGAAUUACGACCCCGAACUCAUCUUGAACGACAUAGCGAUCAUCUUCACUGAGAAGGAGAUGGAAUUCAAUUCCGUCAUUGACGCGAUAGAGUUGAAUGAUGAGCCUAUAGCGCCGGGGGAGAAUCUUCUCCUUACUGGAUGGGGGACCACUUCGUAUCCAGGCCUGUCUCCCAACGACCUAAUGCAGCUGGAACUGAAGGCGGUGUCCUAUGAGGAGUGCAAAGCUAUCCACAAGGACACCAACCCCGUAUACGAGACACAGAUCUGCGCACUCAGCAAAACUGGCAAAGGCGCUUGUCAUGGCGAUUCCGGAGGUCCCCUCGUGAGGGAGGGGCGACAGGUGGGCAUCGUGUCCUGGGGACUACCCUGUGCUAAGGGCAAGCCAGACGUUUAUACAAAAGUGGAGUCUUACAUGGAUUGGAUAGAAAAAACCCUUAGUGACGAUGACCAGGAUCACGUAAAUUUUAUACAUCACAAACGAAAAAAUAAAACCACUAGUUAA